UCUGGACUACCUGGCAAGGCCCCGCCGGGCGGGCAGGCGACCAGGCCUCGGCCCUGUAGUUUCCUUGGCCCACACUCCCUGCUGGGGAGUGUUACUCCGCGCCCAACAUGGCGGGCGGGCGCUGCGGCCCACUGCUGACGACGCUUCUGGUCGCCUCGGUUGUGGCAUUGGCGGCGACCGAGGGCCCCGAGCAGGCUGUGCUGCCGGCGGAGCAAAGCCGAGUCCAGCCCAUGACCGCCUCCAACUGGACACUGGUGAUGGAAGGCGAGUGGAUGCUGAAAUUUUAUGCCCCAUGGUGUCCAUCCUGCCAGCAGACUGAUUCUGAAUGGGAGACUUUUGCAAAGAAUGGUGAAACACUUCAAAUCAGUGUGGGGAAAGUAGAUGUCAUUCAAGAACCAGGUUUGAGUGGCCGUUUCUUUGUCACCACUCUCCCUGCAUUUUUUCAUGCAAAGGAUGGAAUAUUCCGCCGUUACCGUGGUCCAGGAAUCUUCGAAGACCUACAGAAUUACAUCUUAGAGAAGAAAUGGCAGUCAGUUGAACCUCUGACUGGCUGGAAAUCUCCAGCUUCUCUAACGAUGUCUGGAAUGGCUGGUCUUUUUAGCAUCUCUGGCAAGAUUUGGCAUCUUCACAACUAUUUCACAGUGACCCUUGGAAUUCCUGCCUGGUGUUCUUAUGUCUUUUUUGUCAUUGCCACUUUGCUUUUUGGCCUCCUUAUGGGUCUGAUCUUGGUGAUAAUAUCAGAAUGUUUCUAUGUGCCACUUCCAAGGAAUUUAUCUGAACAUUCUGAGCAGAAUCAGAAGUCUGAGGAAGCUCACAGGGCUGAACAGUUGCAGGAUGCAGAGGAGGAAAAAGAUGAUUCAAAUGAAGAAGAAAACAAGGACAGCCUUGUUGAUGAUGAAGAAGAGAAAGAAGACCUUGGUGAUGAGGAUGAAGCAGAGGAGGAAGAGGAAGAGGACAAUCUGCCAGGUGGUAUGGAUGAGGAGAAAAGUGAAGUCAGUGACCAAGGGCCCCUGAGAGAGGGCAGUAUGACCCAGGAAGAAGUUGAACCUGAUGAGGCUGAAGAAGACGUCACAGAACAGCCCCAUUCACCUGAUACAGAAGUGGCAGAAGAUGCAUUGAGGCAGCGCAAGAGUCAGAAUGCCAGUAAGGGACCAUAGAUAGGUUCGGUGAUGCAGUUUCCAACAGUGCAGCCCAAAAGAAUAUGUCAGCUUUCCUCUGGUCUGCAAUUUAAACCAAAUCCUUAAUUUUUCCUGACUGAGAAAGCUUCUCCCUUAAAAGAUGAUCUCUAGUGGCAUUGUAUCAUAGGCACAGGCCUCAUGUACCCUAAGGACAAUCUUUCAGUCAUGACAAUCGAGAGAUAAAAACAACAUGCUGUUAUGAUCUGUUUGGGGGAUCUGGAUGGGAACAAGUUCAUUUAAUUGGGGCUUGAGAGUCUUAACCAGAGGAGGCAACCCCCAGUCAUUAGCACCCUCUGGAGAAAAAGCUACAGAUCCAUAAAAUGAAGGCAAAACAGCCUUUACUUCUGAGCAUCCUCAAAGAAUAGCAGAAGUCUUGCUUCCUUUUCAUGUGUUAACUGUUUAUUUUGUGAAACUGUAAGAAAAAUCAUGCACCACAGUGCACAAAUAUUUGUUUAGAGAUAGAAAUCGAGAGGGCCCUGGAUACAGUUUUAGAAAAGAACUUGGAAAUAUGCCAGCUCUAAAUCUCCUUUGUUAUGUUUUAUUUCCUAUUUUUUAUUUCUCCAACUUUUCUACUGUGAGCCUGCAGACUACCCACACUCUUCACAGUUGUUUCUCACUUAGGAGAUGCAGCAGCCAGGUCUGCUUCCACCAUGUUUAUUCUCAUUUGAAGGUUUAGAAAAUCAGUAACACAACUGAUGAAGCCCUGACUGCCAACUAUCUCAAAUGAAAUGUUGUAACCUUUGGAGUUUCAAAGGAAGUAGGGAUUUUACAGGACAGAUUUUAAAACAAGUUUUUGGCCAACCUGUAGUAGUUUUCUUUUUUCAGAAAGUUUAUUUAGCAAUGCUUUAUAUUUUUUUGAAGCCAGAAGUGAUCUAAGUCUUGCCCAGUACAGGGUAGCCUUGUGAAGAAAACUUGAAUACUGUGUUGUUUUGUUUCCAUCUCAGGGGGUUCCCUGGCUCUUGAAACACUUUAAUAAUAACUGGAAACUGUUUCUAGUUUCCUUCACUUGAUGUGCUUUUGGUGAAAAAAAUUAAUGAAAGUCAGUAUCAGGAUGUAAAAGAUUUGAUUUUGUUUCCAUCUUCCUUAACUUCUAGAGAAUUGUAUCUUUGUAAAUCUCUCACUCCUCAAUCUACUAUAAGUACCCAGGGAACCCAAUUUCUUUUCAAAAUCCAUCCAUCUACUUUUCUCUUACCUGAUUUAUGUCUUAGAAUAAAUUCAUAAAAUUAGAUUCCAAGCAUAUGAAAGAUGCUUAAAGUCAAGCUUAUACCCCUUGGGUCCAAACAGAAUAAUGAGUACAGGUUUAUGAAAUUCAGAAAGUUUCUGUCAUCUUUAAAAAGGAAAUGCAGUCUAUUUCUAUCUGACUAUUUAUAUAACCCUUUCCUUGUAUUAACUGUUAACAAUGGGGCUCACUGGUGGGGGAGGCUCUGAAACUCUCUGCUCUCCUGUAGUUGAUUGAAGCUCCUUUCAACUUUGCACAAAGGAGAUUUUUACUAGGAGAAUUGAUUUUCAGAGAUAGUUAUUUUUUAUCUUUCCAACUCAGCUAAUAGUCUCUUCCCUAAUAUGCUGAAGUUUGUUAAAGUUGCUAGUAAUUGUGCUCUUCAGACCAUCACAGAAUUGAUGGACUGGGAGGAAGAAUUUUGACCUGACCUGUGCCUGUUUCUUCCCCUCCCUCCAGUUCCUGCCCCUCUGACACACCUUCACCCAAAGUGCCAUGGUUCUGAUGGGGGCAGUUCUACUCCCUGACACCAGGACGCUUUUCUGGAUACUCUCAAGCUAAGCUGUGCCUGUCCUCCUGUCACUGGAUUUCUUUCUCUUACAAUCAACUGUGUAAACAAAGAUUUCAAAGAAUAGUGAGUUCAAGUUUAGAGUUAUGAAAUAAGAAAGGUUUCAUAGAUUGGCUUUUCUAUAUAACGUCCCUCCUGCAAAUAGAAUUUUUUAAAGUGAAGUUUUCAACUAGAGGAAAGGCAUGAGAAAGAAAACACGUUCUACUUUGUUUUUUUGUUUUUGUUGUUGUUGUUGUUUUUGUUAUUUUUUUUAUUAAGUGUAAGCCCAAUUUACAGUUGGACCCCAAAUAAUACCUAACUACAUGAUAAGAAAAAUGUAUUUUCUUUUUUAAAAAUAUAGAGUGGGAAGAAAAACAUCUUGGGAAGAGACUCCAGUAAAAGUUUAAGUAUCUGUCUAUAAGAACCAUUUUUUCCUGAUUUUUCCUUUUUUUUUUACCAUCCUAACAAAAGAUAGCUUUUCUAGGAGGUGGCCUGAUUCAUACACAUCUAAUUUAUUAUCUUUCCACUUGAACCUCUAGGUUUGUUUUCAAUACUUAAUAUAAAACUAAAUAAAAACAUCAACCUAAACUUAAAGUCAGAUCAGCAUUUCAAUUGGUUUUUUUCUAUAGUAAUAUAUUUAAUCCAGUGGUUAAAUGCAUGGAAAAUGUGAUUUUGAUUUUAAAAUUUUUUUAAAAAGUCAUGCUUCCCUCUAUUGCAGUAUCAGUUUGUUUAAUCAUACAAUUGUGUUUUAUGCGAAUUCAGAAUAGGUGAAUGAAGUAAAGUAAUGAUUGUGGAGUGUGGGUACAUAGCACUUUAUGUGCAGGUAGUUGGGAGCAGGGUGCCUUGUCACUGAUUAGAAGGAAUGUGAAACUUCUAGUUACCCUAUUGUUGAUUUCUUUUAUUAUUCAUCUCCUAGAAGGAAUGUGAAACUUCUAGUUACCCUAUUGUUGAUUUCUUUUAUUAUUCAUCUUCUGCUAGAUCUGCUAAAAGAAGCCUGCUUGGUUAGGGAUCUCACUGAAGCAAUGCACAAGCAAUUCCACUUUCUUUCCCUUUGAAGUAUAAUUGAAUAGGUCAGGGAUAGUGCCUGUUAAAUUCACAGGGCAUUGCACUGUUUGGCACGUACUUGCAACAUCAUCUUGUGAAUAUGAUCCCUGUAAGCUAAAAAUAACUACCUAUAAAAAGUAAACAGGCUUUGAAUAGGUUGGCUUUUGCAGCUAUGAAAGCUGUAUUUUGAUUUUUUUAUGAUCCCAAACUCUGUUGAUAGUUUGGAGGUUGCUUCAUGAUUUGAGUGUAUGUAAGUUUGCAGAUCUGCAUCCUGUACCUCCUUUGGGUUGGAUGAUAAAAAUGCUAUUUAAGGGAAUACUUGCCAUCCAACUUUGUUAGCAAGGCUUUUGGGACUUUAGCUGCUCUGUUGCUUACAGGAUGGGAAACAUUAAAGGGUCCAAAUUAAAAUAAAAAGGUAGAAAAGAAGAGUAAAUUUCAGUGUAAAAUCUUGAGCAUGAAGUGAGAGAAAGAAGAGGGAUUGGUGCUUUUGCUAGUGUUUGUCAGUAGGUCCUUCAUCUCAGUGUUGUAGUGUUAUUUCUGUCAGUAUUAUACAUGUGUGGUGAACCCAUCCUGUCAAAUAUAUCAGCAUUUUGGAGGUUAUUCAUGUAAAUCUUUUGUGCCAACAAAAAAGUUCCCUCUUGUAGUAUCUCUUUACCUCAGUCUUACAUUUUGAUUCUCUUGAGAAGAUUAUAGCUUAUCUUGCAAAAGCCAAAUGUUAUCAAGUCUGAUGAAACCUGAUGGGGCUGUUGUGAACAGCUUUCUGAAAGUGGAGGUUUAUUUGAAAACUUCAGCCCAGGAUAUGGCCUUCAGAUGGCUUAUUCUCAGUAAAAUUUAUGUAGAUUGUGAUGCUUUAUAUAUGUGAUAUGUUUUCGGUAUAGUUAGAUCAUAUUUGUUAGUAGAUACUUUCUUUGUGGAAUGCAGUUGUUAUACUAAAGACACUGCUUAUUUGUAUUGUCAUGCAUUAUAAAUUUGUUAUGUAUAUUUUCUGUAAUGGUAUUGAUUAUUUUGCCGUUUCAUUUAGUGUUCUGUUUAUCCAUGUAUUCUUUGUACAUCUUUAGCAAGUGAAAUGAGAAAUCAAGAUAUUGUUUCAAGCAGUACAUUGCCUAUAUUAUAGAUCAUCUGAUACAGAAUUGUACAUAAUCCUUAA